UCCAACCAUCUAUUUAUAUAGAUGGGGCAGAAAUCUGAUUUAAUCAUGCAACAGGCAUCUGCUGCGCAACAGCAGGAGCGGCUAUUUUGAGCUCUCAAGUCGUUUUCCUGCCUCCCUUUCUUUUGUUCUCAUGUUCUCCUUCUUCGCUUCCUGAUUUGUCUAUUUUUCUUUUCGGAUUUAGAAGAGAAAUAGCUUUUUUAAUUGUCGGUUAUCGUGUUUAAUAAAGAUGUUGAAUUUGUACUGAUGUAAGAGACAGUCAGCAGAGAGGGUUAUGCUCUCUUUCUCCUCUUUUAUGAACUCCAUCAUUGAGAUUCUUACUUAGCAGAACGGCCCUGUGUUGCUCUGUUCUGUGUUCCCACACGAGCAUUUCAUCGGACAGGUGAGCGGCAUGGAGCUGUGCAUGGACGGGAAGUGGAGGCUCUCAAAGAAGGACGGGCGGAGCGCGAGCAGGACCGCGUGCGAAGGAGGUCCCGGAGGCGCGUUCCUGAAACCGAAGGAGGUGGCGGGGCGGCGGAGGCACGCGCUGGCGGCGACGACGAGGUCGUUCUCCAACCGCUGCGCGGGGAUGGUGAAGGAGCAGCGCGCGAGGUUCUACAUCGUGCGCCGGUGCGUCACCAUGCUCAUCUGCUGGCGGGACUACUCUUGAUCGAUCGAACGAUCGGAGCGAGACAAUAGGAUAGAUGAUGAUAUAUUAGAUCUGUUCGUUUUUUGUGCAUACCUUCGAUUUUGCCCCCUUUUUUUUCUUCCGCUUUAGGGAAAAACGCAGCGAUCUGUCGAGUUCAAAUGGGGGGCAAGGAGCGGAAAGACAAAGCGAGUGUGUUUCGUAAAAAAGGCACCUUUUUAAGUUGAUUAAUUUUGGUUCUUCUUCUUCAA